ACGUGCGAAAUCGAGGCGAGUAAUCGGCGUCCAAGCACAGGAGUCGAAGCUUAUUCUGAAAGGGAAAGCGCGUCCCGACAUUGUUACACGCGCUAGAAUGUACUUCUACUUUUUUCAACAAUUAAUUUGUGUAUACAGAGGCCAAUCCGUGUACUGUUAUACCCAGUGCUGAAUACCAAAGCUAAGGAUCUCGUGGAAAAAGAGAGAUAGUAGAUAUUCACUCUCUUUUAAACGGGUUUAAGCGGGGUGUCUGUGCAGCUGUUUCAAAUGUUUGUUUACAACUUCAAGUGUGAAUAUUAAUAUGUCGCUGAAAAACUCGAGUGUGCUUCUAUUAAAAUCAAACUCACCUACAAAUAUCUGGCUCACAACAUUUGUUCUGUCGAAACUCAAGUUUCUCCCCAAUGCGUAAUUUAAACAUGCAACAGAAAGUUGAUGGAUGCUUCCGCUACCAUUAUUUAUUUAAAUCUAAUGUUAGUUUACAGCCGACAAAUACGAAUGUUUGCAAGUUUUUAAAUCAUGGUUAUUACGAACGGCGCAUCCAGAAGCUGCGGGAGCGACGACUGCGACGGCCCGAAUAACGGCGGAAAAGACAUAAUGGCGCCUGUUUUAGGUGUACCGCCACCUCCACCACCUGCACCGCAUAUGGGUCCAGACGGUUUAAUUCUGCCCCGGAAACCAUACAAUCCGUGCUUAACUUCCACGAGCCAUAAAGAUCUUCAUAGGGAGUUGCUAUUCAACCAAAAAAUAGGAAAAAAUGUUCUUAAUCAAAAAAGUGAACUUCAACGAGCCUUAGAAAGACACAGAGAAAUGGUUUCUCGCAAAGAAGCUGAGAGAAAUCAAGAAGAGUCAUACAAAAAUGAUCCUCGAACAGCUUUGCAACGAGCCAUUGAGCAAAGAGCAAAGCACAUACAGCUUUCGCAACAGCCUCAACCGACGGAGCCACCAAAUCCCUUAGCAACCGCAAGGGCGAAAUUACGGCGAUGCAUGGAUUCACAAUGAAGCACAGCUAUUUAAACAUCUACAAAAAAAUCGAUUUUAUUUUACGAGAAAAAGCACUACGCUGCAAAUCGUGAACGUUCACAAAAAGUAUAUAUUAUACAGCAAAAUAUCUUACACUUCUUUAGCGCGACUGUACUUUCUAAAUGUGUAAAUAACUCAAAAUGAAAAAAAGAGAAAAAAAACUUGCGUAAACCCUUUUAACCUUACCUUACAAUAUUAUAUUUAUACACUUCGUACUUGUACGAAUAUCCCAUUUAAUUUCAAAAAAUUCGACGCUCAACACGUCCGUUAAUGAAGAACGAGAGAUUAUAUUGAUGGAAAACCGCGAAUAAUUAUUUAAAGUGU